AUGAGAGUGGCUGGGCUGGAGACGGCUCUGGUAUUUUUUUCGAAACAGGUGCCUGACAGUAGCAGUCCCACAUCACAGACAGCCGAAAAAGAGCAACGCACGACUGCGACCACCACUACUACGAUGACGAGCUCAGCGAUGGGUGCGAUGGACGGGACGGCGGUGAUGGCAGAGUCCAACAGUAAUAAUAAUAAUACUAAUCCACCUGCUGGGGUGCGGUCAACAACCAUUUUGGGUUCUUUUCUUCGUGCCAGUCGACCGCGGGGCGUCUCCGCUUCCCAACAGCAGCAGCCUCAACAGCCCUCCCCCGCUGCGCAAGACACUCCCCCGUCCCCGUCCCCGUCCCCACCAGCGGUGCCCAGUCUAACCUCUCCAGUUCCACCCCCAAACCACCGCAGAAGGUCGUUUGCCCCCCAGGCACUCGUCAUCCCACCCUCGAAUCCACCCCAGGCGUCUUCCGGUCUCGGCAUCUCCCAUAUCCUCAGGCGAAGACGCUCGAUCGGUGGCACUGGCCCCAACGCCCUCAGCCCGACUCCCGUCUCUCCCUCCUCAGAGAUCCCCCCAUCCACUACGACGUCCACCCUCACCCCCAAUCCCAAUCCCAAUCCCAAUCCCAAUCCCAACAGUAACAUGCCAAAUGCCCUACCCCAGGUCAACCACACCGCCUCAUCUGGCAGCCCUUCCCAAACCUACCGCAUCCGACUCGUCCCACACCUCGACUCCCGUCGCACUCUUCGCUUCGAGCCUAUCACCCGUGAUCUCAAAGAUGACGACUCUCCCCUCCGCAUCGGGCGUUUCACCGAUCGUGCAGGCUUGACCCUCGCAGCUCAAAAUGCUCACAACUCCAGCAAACUCGCCUUUAAAUCCAAAGUCGUCUCUCGUGCCCAUGCAGAGAUUUGGCUGGAGAACGGAAAGUUUUUCAUCCGAGACACCAAGUCUUCUUCCGGGACAUUUUUGAACCACUUGAGGCUGUCGACUGCUGGACACGAAUCCAGACCGUUCCAACUACGUGACGGUGACAUUCUUCAGCUCGGCGUCGACUAUCAGGGUGGAUCAGAGGAUAUUUACAAGUCUGUCAAGAUAAGAGUCGAAGUCGGAAGGGAAUGGCAAGCUUCCGCGAAUGCAUUCAACAUGAAUGCGAUCACCCAGCUUAAGGAGCUCGGCGUGGGCACAGACCCACUCAAACAAGGAGAAAUCAAAGGGAAUAAACGUCCCUCCAAACAAAACAUACCGGACUGCUGCAUCUGCCUAUUCGCCGUCACGAUCCGCCAAGCCCUCUUCAUAGCACCCUGCUCACAUGCCUUCCAUUACAAAUGUAUACGACCCCUACUCGAAAAACACACCACCGCAUUUUCGUGCCCCCUCUGUCGCAGUUUUGCAGACCUCGAAGAGGAUGUCGAAGUCGAACCUCAAGCGGACGAAGCGGACGAAGAAGAGGAUCUUGAGGGCGUCGAGGCCAGGGCGACUGGAGGCGGUGUAGGCAAUGCCGAAUGGGAUGCCCCUCAUGAUCCCGUCUCUGCGCCGAUCGAGGUCUCCUAUAAUACCCAUACCCACGCACGCGACCGUGACCGCACGUCACACAAUCACCACCGCGACAACAACCACCUUACUGCACCACCUCAUUCCCAGCCUCGUGACGGCGCCGAGACGGAAGUAGAAACAGAAAUGGGACAUGAAACACACCGUUCGCGUCGACCACGUGUCACUGUACGCACGGAGGGACAUAUCGUCGUUCCUGCUACACCCGCUUCAGUGCCUACCCCCGGUGCGGCCCGUGGUACUAGUAACACCGCCCCUGGGGUCCCACCAACGCACCCACGCGAUACCGACGAAGAAAUGAUCGAUGGAGACCUCGACGCUGACCUGUACGCCGACGAGCCCGAUCUCGCCGAUGCAUGGAUAAGACGCGUUCGACCGGUACAGAGAGAGGAGGGGUCGGAGGGUGAAGACGGAGGAGAGGGCGAAGGGAGCCGGAGUGGGAGUGGGAGCCUCGAGGGCGGGAUGAGUGUGGGCUUGGGGAUGAGUAUGGGGAUGAUAGUGGAUCCCGAGGGGACCGUGAGUAAUGGAAAGAGGAAGCGGUGA